UCCUCCCCAAUUCAACUUAAUCUCAAAUGGCUUUCUGUAAUCCUCCAACCCUUUUGCCUUCAUCAUCUUACCCACCGCCUCCGCCAUUUUAUUCUAACUUCAAUCGUAUUCUCGUCCGAUCAAUGCCGCCAAGGUUUCUCACCAUAACAAUGGCAAAAAGCCCAACAACACAGAGCGAUGGUAAUGAUGGUUCCACUAAAUUCGUCACGUUUUUGGGUAAAGGUGGUUCUGGUAAAACAUUUUCCGCCAUUUUUGCUGCUCAGCAUUAUGCAAUGGCUGGGCUUAAAACAUGUUUGGUCAUACAUUCGCAAGAUCCAACUGCGGAUUAUCUACUCGGCUGUAAGAUCGGAACAACUCCUGUUACUUGCAAUGAUAAUCUUUCAGCAGUUAGACUAGAAACCACAAAAAUGAUUCUUGAGCCGCUAAGUCAGUUAAAACAAGCCGAUGCCCGUCUCAAUCUUACACAAGGAGUCCUCGAAGGGGUGAUGGGAGAAGAACUCGGGGUGCUUCCUGGAAUGGAUACUAUAUUUUCAGCCAUGGCACUUGAGAGGCUUGUGGGAUUCUUGAAGAAUAAAAUUCAAAAGAAUAACCCAAAAGAUAACUUUGAUAUAGUUGUUUAUGAUGGUAUCAGCACAGAAGAAACAAUAAGGAUGAUAGGUGCAACUGGUAAAUCAAGAUUGUAUUUGAAAUAUAUGCGAAACUUGGCUGAAAAGACUGAUAUGGGAAGGUUGGCUGGCCCAUCACUGUUGAGACUUGCAGAUGAAGCCUUGAAUGCAGGCACCAGUACUUCUGGAUUCAAUGGGCAACUUAGUGGAGAAAUAUGGGAUAAAUUAGAUCAAUUGUUAGAGAAUGGGUCGUCUUUUAUUACUAAUCCGCACUUAUUUGGGUGCUACCUUGUGACGGAUUUGAACAACCCAAUAUCUUUAAAUUCCGCAUUACGUUACUGGGGAUGUGCUGUACAAGCUGGGGCGCUCAUUUCUGGUGCAUUCGGUGUAACACAUUUAAGUUGCAGUGAAGAACAUCUAGAAACUGCUAAGAGAACAUUUUCCCCCUUACCUUUUGCUUCAUAUCCUCCUAUUUCUUUUAAAACCCCAUUGAAUUGGGAGGAUAUCAUGCACAAUGGUCACAGUAAUGAUGCACGAGAUCUUCUUAGCACGUCGAAAAGUGGUUCAAGUGGAUACGUGCAGUCAGUGACAUUCGAUCCAGCGAACAAAUCUAUGACCCUUCUCAUGCCUGGUUUUGACAAGUCCGAAAUCAAAUUAUACCAAUAUAGGGGAGGAUCAGAGUUAUUGAUUGAGGCUGGGGAUCAACGACGCGUCAUUUGUUUACCAUCUCAAAUUCAAGGAAAGGUCGGUGGUGCCAAAUUUAUAGACCGCAAGCUUAUCAUCACCAUGCGUAGCUAACAUCCGUCUUUGCAUGUAAGUUCUGUAAGGGGUCAUUCCCAGUGAUUGAAAGACAUAAAAUUUGUUGAACCGUGUGCGGAUACUAGUUUGCAGGGUCCCCUAAACUAACUUGGUCAAGAUACCGAUCGAUGUUAUUAAAGAACGAAGUAGAACCACUUUUAACUCAAAAAACAUGCAUAUGUACAUGAGUUUUCGAUAUCGAAUGAAACGCAAGGAAUAUGAAUUCCACUAA